AUGCCACGAGUGCUCGCGUUCGCCAACGGCAUGCAAUCGCGCGGCGACGGCUUCAUCAAGUCCCCGUCGUCCGGGAUGUGGCAGUGCACCCUCACGCCGGAUGCUCUCGCGCAGGGAACAACGGCGACGGUGACGGAAAAGAGGGACGGGGCAUCACGCGCCCAGUCCGAGUCACCGUUGGCCUCUUUGGCCUCCCAGACGGCGUCGGCAAAACAUGCGCAGCUGUUGGAACGGCAGGAGGCUCUAUUUCUGAAGCCCCAGAUUCCUCUUUUUCCUCGGCAGUUCCAACUUAUCUCCACAAGCAGCAUGUAUCUCUGCAGCAUCCUUCUCGCGGCCCGCCCGAGCCCACUGAGUGAGGUCCAGAUCAUUCGACUGCAGAGCAUAUCGUCGGGCACCGGACUGCCCGAAGGUGUGGACGUCGCCUUUGCGUCGGCCACAGAGGCCACGUGGGCCGACGUUAUUUCCUUCUUGCAGCAGUCGCCGACGUGCUUCGUUGCUGAGGCGACCCGCACGGCAGUGUGGCGGCUGCAGUGGUUGGCGCCGGCUGAUAGCGGUCUCGACGUUGGGGCUGCGUUUCUUUGGCGUGUCACGGCGGUACUUCCUCUGUGUGAGCAGGUGCAGGACACCUGCCAGGCUGACCAGACGCUCUUCAUCGCGGUGGCUGCUGCAAAAGGGGUGCCCCGCACGCCUCGUGGCCGCAUGGUUCCUGUGUCGACGGAGCCGCCGCCACUACCGCCGAAACAAGCACGCAGUGGGAAAUCGGCGGGCACACUGCCGCCACGUGACUUAUCGGCCGAGCUGGCGAAGGCGCAGGAGGAAGAUGUGGACAAUGUUGCGGUGCCUAACGACGCAACACCUGUUUCAGAAGCAGCGGGCUCCGCUGUGAUAGAGAGCAGCAACGUGCGGCAGCCGACGUACGCGGAAGUUCUCAAGAGAGGUACGCAGCGGUGGAACAGCCGUGGUGCAAAGCCCGCGGGGGAGUUUGUCCGCGAGUGGCGGGAGCGUCUCACUGCGCUCCGCGUCGAGCUCCAUCGCAGCGCGUGCGCCGAUGCUGCGCUGCUCGUUGCGAGGGGUCAACUGUCGAAGCAGCACCAGCCACAUGACGCGGGUCGUGGUGGAGCCGUCGCCGCCCUGUCGGUGGCCUCUCUGAAGGAACUUUUGUGUAAUGCGCUGCUCGACGUCGCGGCGUGUCAGACGAUUGCUGGGUGCAAGCGGCGUGGUGUGGCGGCGCUCCUACGGGAGUGCGGCGACACCGCGCGAGUGGUUGGCAACGAGCUGGAGAAACGGGUGGCUGGUGCGCCGGCGCUGCAAUUCCCAAAGUACGUUCUGCAGCUGCGCCUCGUGCGGCACCGGCUCUGUGCGGCGGCGCUGUCGGGG